CGAAGCUACAUGUAAACGAUAACCGAUUUCGAGUUGAGUUUUUCUCGGGGAAACCAUUUCGUUCCUCGUGGCAGUUAUUUUUAAGUGAAUUGUCCCGUGGAAUUGCGCUGUGAUUAAAAUAUGGUGCAGUUUACAAGAAGGCAGUGGUUGACUUUGAUCGUGAUUGGCAUCGCUGACUUUUGCAAUGCUAUUUGUGUAUCACUACAGGCACCCUUCUAUCCAAUGGAAGCGGAGAGAAAGGGUUGCACCGCAACAGAAUAUGGAUUAGUUUUCGGGAUUUUCGAGUUCGUAGUGUUUUUAAUCAGCCCAGUGUAUGGCCAGCAUCUUAACAAAAUAGGUCCAAAAAUAACAUUUAAUGGAGGCAUUUAUACCACAGGGAUCUGCGCGAUUUUGUUCGGAUUACUGGAUAAAGUCAAUGGAAGGUAUAUGUUUAUAGUGCUAAGUUUCAUCAUACGAAUAGUCGAAGCGUUGGGCAAUGCCGCUUUUCUUACUGCGAGUUUUGCCAUCAUAGCGAAAGAAUUUCCGCAAAAUGUUGCCACAACAUUUGCAUCGCUUGAAACCUUUUUCGGACUGGGAUUAAUUGUCGGGCCUACCGUAGGUGGGGCUUUAUACCAAGUUGGAGGUUACACGCUACCCUUCGUAGUAAUGGGAAGCGCAUUGUUUACUUCCGCCAUAUUAACUGCACUGAUACUCCCGAAACAUGAGGAUGGAACUGACCGAAAACAAGGAGUAUCAAUUCUGAAAGUAUUAAAGAUCCCCGGCGUAAUUCUCGCAGCUUCCAGUAUAGUCGUGACUAGCAUGUCGAUAGGAUUUUUACAAGCCACUCUUGAACCACACCUCCGAGUUUUUCAUCUAGCGCCCAUUGUCCUGGGUCUGAUGUUCGUCAUCAACGGGGGCGUAUAUGCUGUCACUGCUCCAGGAUAUGGGUGGAUAUGCGAUCAUCUAUGCUCCCCAAAACCUGUGAUCGCGUUUGGGACGGUGUUGGUUGCAAUAGGUUUUUGCCUGAUUGGUCCUGCACCGUUCAUACCCGUCCAAACAACUUUGUGGCUGUCCAUAGCAGGACUUGUACUCCACGGGCUUGGAAUGGCAGCUCAGUUAGUUGCUUCGUUCAGUGAUGCACUUACAACAAGUAUCGCCCACGGAUUUCCAAACAAUUUGGAAACCUACGGCUUGGUAUCCGGAUUGUGGACAAGCAGCUUUGCUUUGGGUGCUUUCAUCGGGCCUUCCGUGAGCGGCAUACUCUACGAUAGCGUCGGUUUUCGCAAUUCUUCUUUGUUCGUCGUCAUCAUUCAUAUUUUGGUUGGAAUUGCUGUGACGAUCUUCAUCGUAUUCUCGAAAUCACAAUCGCUUUACGUCGAACUCAAAGAAGACAAGGUAACCAGCGAUGUGGAUAAUAACACGUGCAUAUUGGCGUCCAAUUCCAAGAUGCACGAAAGUUUAAACAAAAGUAUACAUUCGGUGGGAAAUGGAAUAUCAAUUGAACAGAGUAGACCACCCGCUUUAAACAGCCUAAUAGCAUGCAACAGCUACAAAAGUCAAGCGUGGCCUGAGCAAGCCACGAGUAUAUCAAUGUCCAGUCCGAUAAUUCAAAGUAACGGACUUCAGUCAUCGUACGGAACAGUUUAUUAAAUUAUUACUAGGA